AUUCCUCGGCACCCGGCGGGGGCUGAGGCUCCGCCCUGGUGGCGGGGGCGGUGCGAGGCCGCCGUGGCAACGGCUGGCGGCGGUAAGAUGGCGGACGAGCUGGACCGGCUACUGGACGAGGUGGAGCGGCGGUUCUGCCGCAUGCCGGAGCGGGGGGCGGCGGGCGGAGGUCAGAACGGCGACAAGACGGGGGCUGGGGCGGCGGAGGGCAGAUCAGCUAAAAUGUUAACGGGUGAUGGCAGCGAUGAAGAAGAUAUAGACGACAUCAUUGAUGAAAUCUGUAAUGACAGCAGCUUUCCCAGAACACCUCUGAAAUUGAAGUCUAACUCCCCAAGUGUCACACCUGGAAGCAAUAGCACUGUUGUACAGGCUCAUAGGAAGAUGUGCUGUCCAGUGUACCUGGGUGGAAGCUCUUCACCAAAUGGCGUAGGAACAAAUAUUUCAAAGAGGACGUGUGAUCAGCUGCGCUGCACCGCUUGCGACUUCCGUGUAGCGCUUUUCAAUGACUACACCUGGGAUCAGUCCUGUGAUUAUCUUUUUUUCAGGAAUAACAUGCCCGAGCUCAGCAAGCUACGAGCAAAGAUGAUAAAGAAGAAAGGAUCACGAGCAUACGCUUGUCAGUGCAGCUGGAGAUCCGUUGGUGAAUUAACUGACCUCCAAGCAGAGCAGCAGCUUCGGUGGGUUUGUGGUAAACAUGCAGAAUGAAGGCCUCCUGUGUGCAGUACCUGCGGUUUUCUGACAACAGAGAGAAACUUGAAUAUUUCUAUCUAGAAAUAGAUUAUAACACUCAGAGUUCAACCCAAAAACUCUUUUUCUUCACUAUGUCUUGCAAGCAAUAUGAGGAGUUGAAUUAUUAGGAGAAAAAGUUUGGAGGUUUUAUGGAGACUGAAUAAUGUUAAAGCUCACAUUCAACAGUGUAAGAGAAUGGAAGAGGAAAUGGACAGAUUUAGAUGCAGAUAAAGCACCUUAAGCAUGUUCCUCCUGUCUAGCAGAGAGCCUUAUUUCCCCUGACUGCAAAAUGUUGGACUCGGAGAAAAUAGUGGGCUGAGAUGCAGCCAUGACACACAAGCGUAUGAAUUUCUACACGGAAAUUAAUACUGUUUUGCUUUGCUCAUAGCUGUUAAUGAGCAAGUGGUUGUAGAUCUCUUAAAAGUGUACUGCAAGAUCAACUCUCACCUCUAAGGUUUCAGCACACCCCAACACAUUAUUUUAGCCAACAAUAGCCAAAAUCUGCAGGUGUUGGAAAUUUCCUUCCAAUUCAUAUUGCUUUCUUCAAAGCUCCUUCUGCUGACUCAGGACUUAUACCACAGGGAAUUUCUUGGAUUUCCUUUCAGCCUUCACUGUAAGAGAUGAACAGGUUAUUGUGCAAUUAUUAAAUAUUAUGCAAUUUAAAAGAUAUUUUGAUAAGUAUGUGACUUCUAUUGAUAUUUUCAAGGGAAAAGAAGAAGGCUCGGUCUAUAAAAAGUGAGAAAUCAAGAUAUCCCCACUGACUUUAAAAUUUGUAUUUUUUUUCAGCUUCCGUAGCUUUCACUUCACUUCUGAAUGUUAUGCAGAAAGUGUAACUGUCCUGUUAUAACACACUCCCUUCCCCCAGUUACAUCAUAACACUACAUCCAGUAUCAUGUUACUAGGUGAAUUGUCUUGAUUAUAGUUAGUGUCGUUGUUUGUGAGCUCCUCCUUUUCACUGUGUAUAAAUAACACAGGGAUGGAUUUGGAUUUCAGGAGAGAGGAAGGAAGGUCAGGGUUAUCUCGGCAAUCGUAUUAUUGGAAAGUCCCAUACUGGGAAAUCUGUUAGUAUUUCUGCUGUGCAGUAUGUGAUAUUCUACACGUUAAUGCAAAACUACUUCCUUUGUGCAAAUUCUUGGUAUACUGCUCUAUUUCUGUUUUUGUGACAUUUUGCUCAUUGCCCUAAUCUGUACAUGAUUGAUCUGUUCUUUUUCUGAGCUUUUUCCCAACAAUUAGAUGAUCUUUCUUCCAAAAGUCACCUCUUGAAUCUGUAUUUUUAUCUCUUUGCUGUACCCUUCUGAAAGAGUAGAUCUUGGUGGUGACCAGCUUCCUGCUCACCUUCCACUUCUAUGAGUGUUAGAGCCUUCGGAUGGCUUGUAGUAUGCCUGGGAGGCCUGGCAGUGCUUACAUACACAGUGCUUCGAUGCUCUAGAGUGCACGUUCCAGUGCCACAUGCAGCCUUGCUAGUGGGUUCAGAGGAGCGCUGGCUUUGGAGAGAUACUUCAGUCUCCCUUGGCAUAGCAGUAUACACAUACUUUGGGGCCAGGUAUUAUUUUCAAUGCAAUUGCUGUUUCAGACAGUAGUUUCAACAGUUACAAGUCUAAAACAACAGGGUUCAGUAGACACGCAAACCACAGACCAGUUGAUUAAUGUCCAGUCUGCUACUGGAAGAGGUCAGCUGACCUUUCUCUCCUCUGUGAAGAGGUAGUCCUUACGUGGACUGUCAGAAGUAAGUGUUCCUGGGAUUUGUUCGGGUGGGUCAAAGCGAUUUCCAUUCCUGGAGAACACUAGUGCUAAUGGUAAGAGAACAACAAUAGUACUUAAUAAAUUAACAAACAAAGAGAAGAAGAAAUUUUGUUAAGAAUCGUACAUUUCAAAGAGUGCUGAGUUAUCUUGGCUUGCCUGUUCCAAGGCCAUUUGAGACUGAUGACCAAGUAGCCCCAUGGGAUGCUGUUCUGGUCGGGGUCUUCAGGUGCCGUAAUGUAGAAAACAAGUUAGGUUGCAACUUGUGAACAGGAAACAGGGAAAGUCCUAAAGCCUAUCUCAGUUCAUGAGACCAGGUGUCACGUGACUUGCAGAAGAAGCAUGUCUCCUGUGCCCUGUUUUAAACAAAUUGUCACCUUCUCUAGGCCCAUUGGCACUACCAAGUGUGUGGAACCUUGCUGAAACAAAGUUCAAGGCAUGUGUCUUAGUGAUUUUUAUGACCAGAAGGUGACCUGCAGCACCUGAAAAGGGGAGACUGGGGAGGAAUAGAGGCAUACAGACUAAGAGUGUAGGAGAAGUAAAAAUUGAUGUGAAUAUUGUUUGAUACCAUUAAAUCAGCAGUUCUCCUAUGUCACCUCAUCCCUCAGUCUUCUGUUAACCCAGACAGUUGUAGAAACAGUGUGCUCUCAUACGUAAUUGCUAUCAAAUGAACUUAUCACUAACACCAUUAAGACCAUACUCCAAGCCCUGAAAAUGUUAGAAUAUAGUCUUUAUUGGUAUGUGCAUAUUGAAACCUGAGCAUUCUUCUGAAAUCAUCGUGUUUAUUCAAGUAUACUUACUUGGUCCUGACCCUAGUCAGACUGAUGGGGUGUGACAGCAUGUUGUCCAAGUGAAGGCAGAAACACAUGCAGAAAUAGUGCUUAUUGCAGUGUUUUCCAUUACAGAAUUCAGCUUGUUUCUAGAUCUGAGAAUAAUUAGUAUGUCAUUAAAUGUAAUUAUUUUGUUGGAAAAAGGACUGGUCUUAAGUAUUUGAGUUCCCUACCUUCAGUGUUAGAUGUUACAAACCGCUCCAAAGUCUUCAAAUGAAAAGAAUGUAAAAAGAUGUAAAAUUGGAGCUUCUGUGUUCAUUUAAUGGUGUUCUAAGAUUGCACAAAGGUUCUCAAGAUAUAGCCCAGACUUUAUGUGAUACUUCAGUGCAAGUUAUCUGAAAUAGCAGGCAAUACAGAAAUAAUUUUGUUUGAGAAUGCCAUUCAGCUGUUGUCAAACAGAAGUACUGGAGAACAGUUUAGCCAAGUAUAAACGUGACCAUUGUUUUCCUUUAAUUUUUGCUUUGGAAGAAAUAAUACCAUUUCUGUUUGUGAAAUAGGUGAGGUGAUAAGAAGACUUUCAUUUGGUUUGAGUGAUGUACUUGGAAAUCUUCUAGCCUGCAGCAUUAGUCUGUAGCAGAUCCCUCGACAAAGCAAGCAACAAAGUAUAACGAAGUGAGAAUCCAUACAAAAGUGUGCAGAUGGAAACGUAGUCGGUGGCUAAAUGUCAUAGCAACUUUUUAAAAUCUGUGUUCCUGCAGUACUUCUGGAGAGGAAUAAAAUUCAGAUGUAUGUAAUAUAUUUUAGUAUAGCUUUUCUUUAUGAAUUUUUUAUUAAGGAUAUUGUCCUGCCAUAGAAUUUAACCUGCUGAAGCAUAAAAGCAUUCCAUAUGGCAAGAUCUGCAUUGUGUAAAAUUGAAUAAAGAUAUUUUUUUUUUCUGAACGAGUA